AUGCCCUAUACACCGUCUGGGUUCUUCUGUGACCGGCUGAUCCGGGAGAGAGAGAGAAGAGACGGGGAAGGAUCCCUCAGCAAGCCCCUGCGCUUCAGCGGACAGGACUUUGCCGCACUGAAACAAGAAUGCCUCACCAAGAAGUGCCUGUUUGAGGAUGACACCUUUCCAGCCUCCGUGGAGUCUCUGGGAUACAAGGAGCUGGGACACAAAUCCAACAAGGUCAAGAACAUCGUCUGGAAGAGACCCAAGGAGAUCUGUGAGAACCCACAGUUCAUUGUGGGCGGCGCCAGCAGGACAGACAUUUGCCAAGGAGAUCUUGGUGACUGCUGGCUGCUGGCUGCUAUCGCCUGUCUGACUCUGAACGAGAAGCUUCUCUACCGGGUCGUUCCUCAGGAACAGAGCUUCUGCGAGGGGUACGGAGGCAUCUUCCACUUCCAGUUCUGGCGCUAUGGCGACUGGGUUGACGUCGUCAUUGACGACCGUAUCCCCACCUUCAACAGCCAGCUGGUGUUCACCAAGUCUGCCGAGAGAAACGAAUUCUGGAGCGCCCUGCUCGAGAAGGCCUACGCCAAGCUGCACGGUUCCUAUGAGGCCCUGAAGGGCGGUAACACCACGGAGGCCAUGGAAGACUUCACCGGGGGUGUGACAGAGUUCUAUGAGAUGAAGGAGGCGCCCAAGGAGCUGUACAAGAUCAUGAAGAAGGCCCUGGAGAGAGGCUCUAUGAUGGGCUGCUCUAUCGACUCCCUGGUUCCCGCUCGCUUUGAGACCCGUACUGUGACUGGCCUUGUGAAGGGUCACGCCUACUCUGUGACUGCCGUUGAAGAGUGUAAGCAGUCCCAGCACAAGGAGCCUAAGGUGCGUCUGGUGCGCCUCAGGAACCCCUGGGGACAGGUGGAGUGGAACGGGCCCUGGAGUGACAACUCUAAGGAGUGGGUGUCUCUGUCUAAAGGAGAGAAGGACAAGCUCCAGCAUCAGAGUGCUGAGGACGGUGAGUUCUGGAUGGCCUUUGAGGACUUCAAGAAGAACUACACCAAGAUAGAGAUCUGCAACCUGACCCCUGAUGCCCUGGAGGACGAUAAGAUCCACAAGUGGACGGUGUCUGUGAACGAGGGUCGUUGGGUCAGAGGCUGCUCCGCCGGAGGCUGUAGAAACUACCCAGAUACAUUCUGGACCAACCCUCAGUACCGCCUGCGUCUCUUGGAAGAGGAUGAUGACCCAGAGGACAACGAGGUGGCGUGUUCCUUCGUGAUCGCUCUGAUGCAGAAGAACAGACGGAAAGAGAGGAAGAUGGGAGCCAAUCUCUUCACCAUCGGUUUUGCCAUCUACGAGGUACCGAAGGAGAUGCACGGAAACAAGCAACACAUGCAGAAGGACUUCUUCCUGUUCAACUCAUCCAAGGCUCGCUGCAAGUCCUACAUCAACCUGAGGGAGGUGACCCAGCGCUUCCGUCUGAGCCCCGGGGAGUACGUGAUCAUCCCGUCUACCUACGAGCCUCACCAGGAAGGAGAGUUCAUCCUCAGAGUCUUCUCCGAAAAGAGGAACACCUCAGAGGAGAUAGAGAACAGGAUCGAGGCCGAUCAUCCAGUGCCGGCCCCAUCCAACGCGGGGGAGGAGAGUGAGGAGGACCAGCAGUUCCUGAGCAUCUUUCAGCAGAUAGCCGGGGAUGAAAUGGAAAUAACCGCCAACGAGCUGAAGAAUGUCCUCAACAGUAUCGUCGCCAAACAUAAGGACCUGAACACAGAGGGUUUUAGCCUGGAGAGCUGCAGGAGCAUGAUCUCUCUCAUGGACAUGGACGGGACUGGCAGACUCAACCUGCAGGAGUUCAGACAUCUCUGGAACAAGAUCAAACAGUGGCAGGGAAUUUUCCAACACUAUAACUCGGACCAGGCUGGUAGCAUCAACAGCUACGAGAUGAGAAAUGCUGUCAACGAUGCAGGCUUCCGUCUCAACAACCAGCUCUAUGACAUCAUCACCAUGCGCUACGCCAACGAGGGAAUGAAUAUCGACUUUGACAGUUUCAUCAGCUGUCUGGUCCGGCUGGAAGCCAUGUUCAGGGCGUUCCAAGCCUUCGACCAGGAUGGAGACGGUACGAUCAGACUUAGUGUCUUGGAGUGGCUCCAGCUGACCAUGUAUGCCUAGAUUUCCAGAAAUGUCUUCUCAGCCGGUCGGCCUCUCAGGUGACACCCACCCACCGUGAAGAACAGAGGCGAACUACCAGCAUUUACCUCAGUACCACAGUGCCAGACCGUAGCGCUAACCCAGUACCACCGUGCCAGACCGUAGCGCUAACCCAGUACCACAGUGCCAGACCGUAGCGCUAACCCAGUACCACAGUGCCAGACCGUAGCGCUAACCCAGUACCACAGUGCCAGUACCACAUCCACCACCUUCUUCCUGUUCACCUCACGUCAACCCUCAGUUCUCACAAUAGACUGCUACUCUUACCAGUCCAUCACAUCCUUCUCCAUCUCUCACUCUAACCUUCUCCAUCUCUCUCUCUCUCUCUUCCUCUAACCUUCUCUCUCUCUCUCUCCCUCUAACCUCUCUCUCUCUCUCCCUCUCCCUCUAACCUUCUCCAUCUCUCUCUCCCUCUAACCUUCUCCAUCUCUCUCUCCCUCUAACCUUCUCCAUCUCUCUCUCCCUCUAACCUUCUCCAUCUCUCUCUCCCUCUAACCUUCUCCAUCUCUCUCCCUCUAACCUUCUCCAUCUCUCUCUCCCUCUAACCUACUCCUUCUCCAUCUCUCUCUCCCUCUAACCUUAUCCAUCUCUCUCUCCCUCUAACCUUCUCCAUCUCUCUCUCCCUCUAAUCUACUCUUUCUCCAUCUCUUUCUCCCUCUAACCUUCUCCAUCUCCAUCUCUCUCUCCCUCUAACCUUCUCAUCUCUCUCUCCUUCUAACCUUCUCCAUCUCUCUCUCCUUCUCCAUCUCUCUCUCUCCCUCUAACCUUCUCCGUCUCUCUCUCCCUCUAACCUACUCCUUCUCCAUCUCUCUCUCCCUCUAACCUACUCUUUCCCCAUCUCUCCCUCUAACCUUCUCCAUCUCUCUCUCCUUCUCCAUCUCUCUCUCCCUCUAACCUACUCCUUCCCCAUCUCUCCCUCUAACCUUCUCCAUCUCUCUCUCCCUCUAACCUACUCCAUCUCUCUCUCCCUCUAACCUACUCCAUCUCUCUCUCCCUCUAACCUUCUCCAUCUCUCUCUCCCUCUAACCUUCUCCAUCUCUCUCUCCCUCUAACCUACUCCUUCCCCAUCUCUCCCUCUAACCUUCUCCAUCUCUCUCUCCCUCUAACCUUCUCCAUCUCUCUCUCCCUCCAACCUUCUCCAUCUCUCUCUCUAGGUCUCAGGUUUCUCUCAUUUCCUCUCCUAACCAUGUUCAUUUCCCAGUAUUGCUGAGACGUCAGUCUCUUCUGAAUCGGCAGUUGUUGUUUUUUAAU